AACCCUAAAUAGGGGACUGGAACCAAAGGGAAAAAGGCAAAUUAAUUCUGAGACGAAGCUUAACUUGAUCGGAGUGAUGGGAGUGGAGAAGGAACAGUUGAGAGCAGGCACCGGUCCGAAACCUGUUGCCGGGCAAAAGGUCACGGUCCACUGUACUGGCUUCGGCAAGAAUGGUGAUCUAACUCAAAAGUUCUGGAGCACUAAGGAUCCCGGGCAGAAGCCUUUCACAUUCGAAAUUGGCAAAGGCAAGGUUAUUAAAGGAUGGGAUGAAGGGGUGCUAGGAAUGCAAGUGGGAGAAGUUGCUCGAUUACGAUGCUCUCCUGAUUACGCCUAUGGUGCAAAUGGCUUUCCAGCAUGGGGUAUUCAACCCAACUCGGUUCUGGUCUUCGAGAUUGAAGUUCUGGGUGUUGAGUGAACUUUUACCACAAACUACAUUUGUUUCUCCAUUGGCAUAUACCUCUUGACUGCUCUAAUAAUUUCGAGUGCGAGUGGAAUGAACAUACUUUGUCACUAUUUCUUGUUUACUGAGCAUGAAAGGUUAGAAACAUUGGUUCUUGGUUAGAAUUGAGAAUCAUCAUGUGUUUCCUGUUUUAUGCCCUGCAUAAUCCUUGUCCAAAUUUAGUGCAGUGCAGUUUAAAUUUA